AUGGACAAACUCAAAAACGAUCUGCAGCGGAUGAAGCACUUGAUGGGCGAAGCGAGCAAACGUGCCGAUCGGCUCUGUGAAGAGCUGCCCGAUACUCCGGCCACGCCACUGAUGCCCCAUGCUGCCGCAACUGGCUCUGCUACGGGUACGGGUACUGGAGCCAAGAUGGGCUCGUCGGUGUCUACAACGUUCUCAAACGAGCCGAGUCCGUCGCCGCGCCUGCCUGGCCCGGCGCAUGCCGUCUUCACGCCGGAAGUCUCCCGCAAAGCCCCCGACAGAUCGGUUCUUGCAACAGGUUUGGCGUCAUCAUUAUCGUCAUCGUCAUCGUCAUCGUCAUCGUCAUCGUCAACAUCGUCGUCAGACUCAGGCUCGGAGUCAGGCAUCGAGAUGGCGACAGCAUCGGCGUUGCCAGCGCUGGCGGGCAUGUCGCUGGAUGUGCCCCAGUCGCGGCAGCCCCAAGUGGUGCGUGCAGGCGAGGCGCGAGGCAGCAAAGCAAGACAAGAGCUGCCGUUGGAUGACGAUAGAAUCUUUACGCCAACAUCGGGCCUGUUUGACGAGUUGGGCCUCCGUGAGAGGCUGGAGCUCGAUCGUUCGUUCACAUCGCCCGCGAGCGGCACACCAACGCCACUCUGGGCAUCGACCGGCUCGCUCGACAUUCCGCGGCAGAAGCAGAGCCUCCGGGAGCGGCGCGGCGUCUCGCGAACGAUGCGGAGCCAUGGGAGGCUGUGCGACGAGAGUGGAAGCUCGCCGGGGACACCGGUGACACCGGCACGGGGCCGAGUCCCGCUUCCAAACCGCAUCGCGAGCAACGAAGAUAGUGCGGGGUCGAGCUUGCUCUCGCGGUCGCUAGCGUGGGUCUCGUACGAGGUCGACAACUGGUUUGCAUCCAACUCGUGGUCGCAAGUCAUUUUGCUAGUUGCCAUCACCGCCGGGAUGAUGGGCUUGGGCGCGGCCGGACUGCUUGCUGUCGACGGCGAGGCCGGCCUCUACGGCGCGCUGUGGGACUCGUGGACAUUUGUGGCUGAUCCUGGAACGCACGCCGGCGAGGAGGCCGGCGGUCGGCGGGUGGUAGGCGUGUUUCUCUCGCUUGGCGGCAUGCUGUUCUUUGCGUUGCUGGUGGGGCUGGCCUCCGAGUCGAUUGCCGAAAAGGUGGAAGAUCUGAAGCGCGGCAAGUCGGACGUGCUCGAGUCUGGCCACACGCUCAUUCUGGGAUGGUCGGACAAAGUCAUCCCAUCGGUGCGGCAGCUCGUUCUGGCGAACGAGUCCGAGGCCGAGGCCGUUGUCGUCAUUCUGGCCGAUAUGGACAAAGAAGAGAUGGACGAGGCACUGGCGACCGAGAUCCCGGACUGGAAGACGACAACCAUCAUUACCCGGAGCGGCUCGCCGGUCGCAGCGCACGACCUGGAGAUGUGCCGAGCGCAUCUGGCGCGGGCGCUUCUGGUGGUCUCGCCGCGGAGCGAGGGUGUGCACCCGGACGAGGCCGACGCCGAGGCGGUGCGGGUGGUGCUUGCGCUCUCAUCGCUGGGAGAACUCUCGGGGCACAUUGUGGUCGAGCUGCAGGACAUCGACAAUGUCGACGUGAUUGUCCUCGCGCAGGCUGCGGCUGGGGCGGUGGUCUGCCCGGUGGUGGCGCACGACGUCAUCGGGCGGGUCAUGAUCCAGUGCUCGCGGCAGCCAGGGCUUGCGCAGAUCUUUGAACAUCUGCUCUCGUUUGAUGGGCACGAGAUUUACAUGACACCGCCAGGCUCACUGGAGGGGACGACGUUCCGACAGGCGCUGACCUCGUUCUCGCACGCGGUGCCGAUCGGGAUCCUCCUGUCUGCGGCGCGGGUGGCGGCAGAGCCGGGCACAGCGGCACUGGCUCACGGCCGGGUCCUUCUCUGCCCGCCAGGCGAGAUGCUCAUUGGAACGGACGACAUGCUCAUUGUGGUUGCAGAGGACGACGACACGUUUAGCGUUCUGCCUGCGCCAGUGGAUGUGCGCGUGUCAGGCACGGUUCCUGUGUGGCGGUCGCCGGCGGCGUGGGUGGCGCCGGGCUCGUCGCUGACGCUGAUGAACCCGCUGGACGUGCCGACGCGCGAGCGGAUGCUCCGUGAGGGAGGGCUGAAACAGACACAGAACCUGGCGAUCAGGCACGCGGUGGGGACACCGACGUUCCGGCGCGACAUGAAGGCGCUCGACGUGGCGCAGUACGACGUGACGGUAGUUCUCUCGGACGAGGCUGCGGCCGAGGACGACGCAGGCUCGGGCAUGUCGGCUGACUCGCGGUCAAUGGUGGCGAUGCUGCUUGUCCGCGACCUGCAGACUAAGGCCGGGCGGCCGGACGCGACGCUCAUUGCCGAGAUCAAGGAUCCCCGGACGACGGCGCUGCUGGUCAACGCCAACUGCUCCGAUUAUGUCGUCUCCAACGAGCUCAUCUCGAUGGUCCUCACCCAGGUGGCGGAGGAGCCGCAGAUGAACGCGGUCAUCUCGGCGCUGUUUGCCGAGGAGGGCGCCGAGCUCCACAUCAAGCCGGCUGCUCGCUACGCUUCGCUCGGCGAAGAGCUCUCGUUCUGGCAGCUCACGCUCCGCGCAUACGACCGCGGCGAGAUCGUCAUCGGCUACCGCCACGCCGACGACGCCGAGUUUGUGUGCGUCAUGUCCGAGGAUUGA